AUGUCCAUUGAGGAUUUUAGAGGGGCAACCAAGAGGAACAAACCAGAGUUGAAUGAAGGCGACGUUAUAUUUUGUCAAGUAACUCGCCACUACCCACGCUAUGAAAUGCCAACAGAAGUAUCAUGCAUAGAUGCAGAUUCAGUCAAACAGUGGACUACCAAUGAAUGUUACUUUGGGCAGCUCAUGGAUGGAGUCACAUUUGAUGUGCCAAUCACAUAUGCGGUCUCGUUAUCUAGGGACAAAUGUUACAUUCUAAAAAAAUGUGCCAGUAAACUAAAGUUUGAAAUUGCCGUUGGAUUAAACGGAAGAGUAUGGGUAAAAGGUUCAAACAUUCAGGAAACCUUGCUCGUUGCACGAUUUAUAAAGAGAUCAUAUGGUUGUUCGGUGGCUCAGAUUGAAGCACUGUUUACAAAACUGUUUUCUUAAUAUACCU